AUGCCUCGAGGUCAGAAGAGUAAGCUCCGAGCCCGUGCGAAACGCCGCCAGGCCCGAAGUGAGACCAAAGGUCUAGGGGGUGCUCAGGCUACUGCAGUAGAGGAAGAAGACUCCCCCUCCUCUGCCUCUCCUCUUUUGGGAGAUAGAUCCCAGAAUUUGCCUACUGCUGGGACACGAAGCACUCCCAAAUCUCCUCAGAGAGCUGCAGGUGUUUCAUGCGCAGAUUCAAAUGAAGGUGCCAACAGCCAAAAUGAGGAAAGUUCAGAUGAGAGCUAUUGCGAAGAUCCUUUAAACGAGAAGGUGGUAUUGUUGGUGGAAUUCUUACUGCGGAAGUAUCAAGAAAAAGAGCCGAUUACAAAGGCAGACAUGCUGAAGUCUGUUAUCAAAAACAAAAAAUAUCAGUUCCCUGAGAUCCUCAAGAGAGCCUCUGAGCACAUGGAGCUGGCCUUUGGUAUUGAUUUGAAGGAAGUGGAUCCCAUCAGGCACUGCUAUACCUUUGUCAACAAAUUGGAUCUCACCGCGGAUGACAUGGUUAUUGAUGAAGAAAAAACACCCAAGACGGGCCUCCUGAUGAUUGUGCUGGCUGUGAUCUUCAUGAAGGGCAACUGCGCCACUGAGGAGGAGGUCUGGGAAGUGCUGAAUCUGAUGGGGGUAUAUGCUGGCAAGAAGCACUUCAUCUAUGGAGAGCCCAGGAAAGUCCUGACCCAAGAGUUGGUGCAGAUGAAGUACCUGGAGUACCGGCAGGUGCCCAACAGUGAUCCUCCAUGCUAUGAAUUCCUGUGGGGUCCCAGAGCCCAUGUGGAAACCAGCAAGAUGAAAGUCCUGGAGUUUUUGGCCAAGGUCCAUGAUACUACGCCCAGUGCCUUCCCAUCCUGGUAUGAAGAGGCUAUGAAAGAUGAGGAAGAGAGAGCUCGAGCCAGAAUUGAAGCCAGGGCUCGCAGUAGUUCCACGGCCAGUGCUCGGGCCAAGGCCAAGCCCAGCAGCUCCUCCUGCCCCAAGUGA